UUGUCUGCCUGCUAAUUAACUCAUAGUGCUGUGUGAAAACAGUUGCAUUAGUGCAUGUGAACCAACAUACUCUGCAAAGCAGGCUCCUGAUGAGAUUAUGUGAGGCCUCUGAGGGCAGUUAGCAGGUGUCCAUGAUUCCCAAGUGCCUGUCUGUAUAGAGCUUUACCCUCAGAGUUUCCUGCACACCAGAAGCAAGUGACUAUGGUGAGCUUCUACAUCCAGCAGGCAGGACCCUCGGCAGAACGUGGAUGGUGUGGAUAUUGAUUUGCUCUAGUGUGUGAUGACUCUUUCUGUGGCAACAGCCAUCUGGGUUGCUGUUCCUGUACCAGUGAGCUGUGCUGCAUGGAAGGUUGUUGGUUGCACCCUAAGCCAGAGCAGUGCUAGCAGGAAGACAUUGGCUUGGAUCGGGAAGCAAACAGACCUAUGCUUCUGCAAAGCUCAUCUGGGCUCCCACAUGAGUAUGGCUGAGCAGAGAUGUUUCUAGUGUUCCAAUAAAACCAGCCAGGCUGACUCACAGCUGGGGAGGGAGGUGGUCUAGUGCUUUUAUAAACAGGAGCAGUCUGAUCUCUGCCUCUCCCCUAGCCCUGCUCCUGCUCCCUGUUAGCAGGGCCUCUCCUCCAGCCUGAUUUGCUCCUGAAAUAAGAACUGUUCCUGUGCUAAGCUUGGCUCCUUGGGAACGCUGAUGGAGUCUGCAGAUCCUGUCUGUUUUCAGGCCAACUCACAGACUCUGUUUAGCAAAGGAAUGUGAGACCUUAGUACUGAAGGAAGCAGCCACAGACACUAGAGAGAGCCAGAGAGAGAGAAGUGAAGAAAAACGUAGAGCACCCUUCUUGAGACCUACCAAGCAGCUUCGUGAGGUCUGCUCUCUGUUUCAGAAUGACCUGGAUGAGGAGGAUGCUGCCUGUUUGCUUUCUUCUGGCUGUUGCCUGUCUGCAGGGAAGCUUGCUGCUGGAGGCCGGACCAGCGGAGCCGCGAAAGCCCUUCUUUGAGAGGUUCAGGAGACUCGAGGAGCAGUUCCGUCGGUUCCAGGAGGUGACCCUGAUGCGUCUCCAGAGCAUUGCAGGGAACUACAAUGUUUCCUACAACAUUGAUACCCGGUUCCAGCACUUGGCAGAGCAGUACAACGGGAUGGUGUCCGCCCUCAAUGAGUCCCACACAGCUCUGCAGGGAGACCUGGACCACUUGAAAAUCUGGAUGAAGAAGCUGCAAAAGAAAACCAGAAAGCUGGAUUUGAAGAUCUCGUCCCUGGAAGAAUCUGUGAGCAAACAAAGCCAGCAGAGGGCUGGGGAGAAGCAGCAGCAGGUUGCCCACCUGACCAACCUCACACUGCAGGUCACAGGCCACAAGGAGGCCAUCAGCUCUCUGCAUGCCAGCAGCAGCAGCCUGCAGAAAGAGCUGAUGAACCUCCAGGAAGCCAGUCAGAGCCAGGCGACCAAACUGGGUGCCUUGGAGCACCUGCUGCAAGGCAUAGCAGGCAAGGAGGCACUUUCCCCUCAGCACCUGCCUGCCACUCAGCUCCUGAACCAGACUGCCCAGGGCAAGCAGCUGGAGGCAGAAGGAAGCCAGACACAGAGCCUGAAGAAGUUACACACCAAGCACAGACAGAGAAAGAAGCUGCAAGAGGAGAGGCAGCAGCUCCUGGCCCAGUCUGCAGGCACAGGGCUGCAAAGCAGCCUACUCCAUGAACAUGCAACCCCCCUGCAGAAAAGGGAACCAGAGCCAUUGACCAGAAGAGAGCCACAGGUUGCCAGGCAGCAGCUCUCCAGUGUAAUCAAGGUCUCACAAGAGCAGAAGCGCCCAUCAGCCCCCAAGAAGCCAGGGACAAUCUGCAAUGUGGGUUCAAUGCUGCUUUUCCCCAACGUUUCCACUGAAAACUUUGCCACCUUGACCCCAGGCUUCCAGGCCAGCCUGUAUGAACUGUCCCUUUGCAGCUGGGUGAGCACCCCCUUUCCCUACCUGGGCACUAUUCUGUCUUAUGCAAUGGAGGAGAAUGACAACAAGCUGGUUUUGCAUGGCAGGAAUGCCAGGGUCCAUGGCUCCAUCCACUUCGUCAUUGGAGACCCAGCUUUCAGGGAGCUGCCCGUGGGACAAUUGUUGGACAGCAGGUGGCACCACCUGUGCAUCAUCUGGUCCUCUGUGCAGGGCCAGUACUGGUUUUAUGUGAACAGGAGGCUGGUAUCCAUGGGCUCCAAAUUCCAGAAGGGCUACGUGAUUCCUCCUGGUGGCUCACUCAUCCUGGGCCAGGAGCAAGAUGUAGUGGGUGGUGGGUUCGACCCCUCAGAAGCCUUUGUAGGACGUUUGGCUGGCUUGGCCAUCUGGAACCGUGCACUCUCACCUGGGGAGGUCUCUGGUAUUGCCACAGGGAAGGGCCUGCCCCAUGGCACCAUCUUGACGCUAGCUGACAUCUCUCUGCAUGGAGGAGUGCAGAAGGUGAAUUGCACUUGCCUGGAGCAUUGCUUGUAAACAAAGCCCUCCCUGCCCCAGGCUGUACCUAGCACACAUGAAUCACAUGCAGCCCAGAUUGCCUACCACCAGGUAGUUACUGACACUGGCUUGUAGUGCCAGGAAAACUCUGACUAACCUGCUGGGCCAUUUCCUUCAUGAGGUAGGGAGUGUGACCCAGCCACAGGGCUGCCAACUCAAGUGUUUUUACUAACAAUCUGCAAAUUUUUUAUUAAUAGUCAAACUUUUUUACUGACUGCUGUUUUAUAUAAUAAAAAUGUAACCCUUCUGCCAGGCCCUGGGCAGCAAUAACAAGGGGGUUCAAAUUUGGGGGUUUAACACCAACUUUCUAAACUUGGCUCAAGGUCCCACCCAGAAACUUGGUAAAAUAAAUUUUAACUAUGUUCUAAAGUGGACAAAAUUCCGCAUUUGCAAGCGAUAUUCAACUAAAACAGGGUUUACUGCAGGGGAAAAAGAGAUAAAUGCACAACCUCAGAGAAAACCUUAACCAUUAAACAUCAAGUGAAAACCAAACAGUGAAUCAAGAGAGCAGGCACCCAGGACUGCCUCAUUGCUGACAUGGCCCUACCUAUGUCUGUUCACAGAGGGCUCUGCCCCAUGUGCUCAGCAUCCACCAUCUCAUACCAUGCAGACUCUGCACUACCUCCCUUGUCCAUCAGUGGCACACUGGAGUCCCAGAGGCUCCCUGCCAGUGACAUCAUGCCUCCCUGAACCUCUGGCUCUCCAUCAGAGCUGUCUCUGAGCCAGUCAUGCCACCUGGCACCAGGUACUGCUCAGCUGCCUUUGUCAUUGUGGCAAGCAGCCUUUGGGUCUGUAAACAAGUGGUACAGCACCACUGUCAGGAUCAGUCUUGUGGCUGCAGAGGGCCUGGUUAGUCCUGGGGCAGGUGGGAGUGGGCGACAUGAGCCCACAUUGCCACCCAGCCUGGUCAGGCCUGUGUUACCCUUGAAGAGCUGGCAGGAGGCCUCCACCUCCUGCAGGCAUGCCCUCAUUUGGUGCCCACACCUGCAGUCCUGUUUCUGGGGGCUUCGUGGGCACCUCCCUAUCAUUGGGGAAGUGGCUAUAGAGUGAUUCAAUCCAGAAGGGCUUAAACUCCAAUCCUGGGGAUCAUCCAGGCCUGGUCCCCCCCUCCUCUACCAGCACAAUACCAGGGCUCUGGCCCCCAGCAGCACUUCAGGCCCCAGCACCAGCCUUAGCAACCAGCUGCUGGGUGCCUCCAGGAGCUGGCACUCAGGAACAGGUAUAAAUAUGGCAGCAGACACCCGAGUCAACAGUACCAGCCUGGACCAACAUCCCUCAACCACUGGGGGCAAGUGGAGCCUCAGGGGCUCUGUACUUCUCCUGGAUGCCUGGGACAGUCCCCAUCUCCCCAGGCUGGAUGCACCCCUUGGUCCAGCCCCAUACAGCCCUGCAUCAGCACUGUGCAUUUCCCAUGCCCUAGUACUGCAGGGGUCUGGGUCAGAUCCACAUGCUUCUGUCCCUCUCACUCCCCCAGGAUCUGGGGCUGGAGUUGGGCUGUUAUUUCAGGGUUUCCUGUAACAUGGAGUUCCACUCCUGCUGUCUCCAGAGGACACCAGAGUCUCACACGUUUCCACAAGUGGGUGUGCUGGAGCUGCAUGCCAUGGGUGCUUCACAUGGGGUCAGCCAGGUAGGGGGCUGGAGGGCUGCUGGGUUAUGGCAGAGGAUCCCUGGUGGCAUCAGCCAGUCAGUGGCCACAGUGUCAGUGUGAGUGCUAGGGCUCUGUGUGUCUGCACAUACCUCCCUGAGUCCUGGCUGAGCCAGGUGGUGGGCCUGAUUUUGCAUAUCAGAGUGGUGCAGGGAGCACAGUGUGCUCCAGCAAGGCUUUGGGGCAUUGGAUCAUUCCUGUAGUGCUUGACAGAGCCAACAACCACUGUCUAGAUGGACAGAGCUGCUGUGCCCAGGAAGAUGCCAGCCUUGCCCCUCUCCUUCCCCCCUGACCACAGCACACAUCCUUCCCCCCACCCUGACUUGCCUGCUGUCAGGUUUUAUUGACAGAGGCAAAUCCUGAAACAGCCCUUGAUCUAGAGCUGAAAGUCCCUGCCUGGAGCAUCCCAUCAGUGGUUCCAUUUCUGCCUUUGUCAGUUCCCUGGUCUUCAGCACCUUCCAGGUGUCCAUCUGCCACAGCUGCAUCAUAUCUGCCAGGGUCUUUCUAGCCUGUAUGUGGCGGUUGAGGGGCAGGGUGAGAACAACCCAUGUAACAUGUCUGAGAUGCACCCUGGGGCAGUGGGUGCUAGCACAUGCUAUGGCAUGAACCUCACCCCUGGGAACAGAACUGGAGAGGUUCUUAGCUAUCAUCUCCAAACCGGUCAUGCUGCCCAGCACAGAAUCCUACUUGUCAGGCCAUGAACUUGAACCCAGAGCCUUAGCCUGCUCAGCAAAGCUGCUCAUCCUGGUCUACCACCUCCUCAAUAGACCACUGGCAUAAACACAGGUGGCCAGAACCCUCGAUCUGGACCUAGCCACACACCUACUCACUGCCACUGCAAUGGCCAGCCAAGGUCAGUUGACCCUCAUCCCUUCCAAUAUAAACCCCUAACCUAGAAAAGAAAGUGUCCAGGUAAUAAGGUUCAAUCUUGUACCUAGGCUGUUGCAUUCUGCUGGAUUCUCUGGAUACCUGACCUGGCUUGCCCACAGAUCCUGAGUUUGGACUGACCUUUUGGUGGGCUGAGUGGGUGGAAGGCAGCAGGGAGCUGGAGCCAGAGCCACAAGUUGGGGCAGGAGCUGCCUGGCUGAAGCUGCCUCCUGGCCUGGAACAGCAUAGUAGAAGCAGGAGGAGGAGCCGAGCUGCUGCUUGAGGCAAAGGGAGCGCAGCAGGGGAGUGCCCAGGCUCUGCUGCAUGUGCCCCUGCCCCUUCCUCACCCCUGGACAACUCCCAGGACCUAGCACCCAGGCAGCUCCCCAACCCCCUCUUCAUACACCCAGCCGUUCGCACAUACCCAACGUUCCUGAACACUGCUCACUAUCUGCCCAUAGCCCCAUCCCAUAUAGGGAGGUUUUGUGAGUUGUUGUGCAGGUGGGGGGUGCUGACUCUGCUUGUGACAACUUGUAAAAACUCCCCAUGUGGACCCCAGGCCCAAAUAAUUACCCACCCCAGAUUUAAAUGCUGUUUAUAAACUUGAGGAUCAUUUUUUCCCUAAAAUCAAAGGAUUAGUCAGAAGUACAUUCUAGCUCCAGGGCAGUGCAGUCAUGGUUUCUUUCCACACCCUAAAGGUCCCAUCCUGAUGGUGCUGAGUCUCUAACUCCCACUGAUAUCAGUAGGGACUGAAUGCACUUGACACCUUGACUAAUUACUCAGUAGCUUGAAGGCUGGAACCCUAAGCCCUGUCACUGGCAGAUGCUUAUCAAGUGCUCCUGAGUCAGGACUGUGAGGAUGGAAACAUCAGUGACUGGAAAGGAACCACAGAACCCAAGACCUUUAUUUUCCCUUCCUCCCUACCCUGUGUCUGCAGCUAUCACCUAAUUCUUUUCUUUUCUCUUGGCUGGGCUCCUACAACAGCUGCUCUGCUCUAUUGACUGUCUCAUCCUGCUGACCCCAUGGUGGGGUGCACUCCUUAGCCUAUGCUGUUCCCACUGUGUUGGCAUUGCUGCCAAAAUGCAGAACCUGGCAGCAACAGCUCUGAUCAGUAGGACCUUUGCCACCUCUCUAUAUCACAUUUCUAGGUACCUCACUCUGUGGGUUCCUGUCUAGUUCUGUGUCUCCAGAAUGGCUAAGACAGCUUGAGGGACACUAGAAAAGGUCCCUGAAACCUCAGCGUUGAUUUUCCUUGUGAGAUCUCAUCCCAUCCAUGAAGUCCUGAGAGAUUGGGAGCAAAUGCCAGCCUGCUGGCUUUUGGCUACCUCCACUAGGAAAUCCUGGUUUGUGAAGGGGACCAGCCCAAAUGGGUUCUUGACAAGACAAACCAAAGGGCUUGGGUCCUUCUGCUCCCUAAGAAGUUUUUGAUUAUUAAGAAAGUGGGGCAGUACCAUGCCCUCUGCUGGCUGAGAGUGACAAUACUGUACUUCCUGGUGGGAGAUGCAUGAUUCAGCUUCCGCCAGAUCCUGGAAUGCUCUGGGAAUGGGAAAGGAAAGCCUCCAACACAUGGUCACCUUUUGUAAAGUGAUGUAUAUGAGGAACAAAAUUAGUUGAAAACAACAGUCCUUCAGCUGGCUUUCUUAAAUUGCUCUGCCUAUAGCACCCAAAUGACCUUUAGGUCAGGUACCAGGCAAAAAAACCUAGUUGUUCUACAUGUAGUGGGCCUCUCUGUCCAUUGUGGGGGGGGGGCUUCUAUUUUAUAGUGGGUCAAGGCCAACUGUCAUUGUAUAAGGAACAGCUCUGUCCUUGCAGCAGUAGCACAUUGACAGUGCCUUCAUCCCCUGUUCCACCUGUGGUAGGUUAAAGAAGUUUUUGAUAUUUCAGGCAUCAUAGGUGUAUGUGAGGGCUGUUCCUGAGGGCUUUAAGAACAGUUUAAGCCAGUGAUUCUCAAGUGGAGAUUCCACAAGAUCCUUGUAAGGGUGCCAUAGACAUGCCUCCCUAUACAAGGAGGUGUUUGCAGCUUCAACUUCUGAGUGGCCUAUGCCUGCUUCAGGAUCCCACAGGCAAGCAGCACCUGCAACUGCUUAUCUGAUGACUCCUUCUGUCUCUUGUUCCCUGCCAGCAGGGGGGUGGGGGGUGGGACAAACAGCACACUGGUGUAGGUGGGCAACUGUGGGGCUGCAGAGAUCUGUGCAGUGAUGCUUUUCACCCUGGCUAAUUCCCCUGCUCUUCCAGGAGGCUGAAAUUCGCUCCUUAUUACCAGUUACUCCUGGUUCCUUUUUCAAUGAUAAUCUUAAUAAAAUGUAAGGUUGUCAAUAAUGAAUUAUACAUUUUAAAGAGUUAGAAUUUCAUCAAAAGUGUAUAUUUACUAAUAAAAAUGUAAAAUAUCAUGUAUCAAUGUGCAUAGCCCUUAAUAAAGAGCUGAGAUUAGACUGGGA